GCUGUUACACCAACCGGAAGUUAGAGUGAGAGGGAGGCGGUGUCAAAGAUAAUUGUUUAUGAGGGAUCGUCUCACUAUUCAUACUAAAUAACGGACUUGUCAGGCUAUUUUAAACACGUUUCAUACUCAACAACAUUGACUGGUAAUGCUCGGAUCAGAUCGGUCUACGCUGUCGGAACUAAAGAUGACCGCCGCCAGUCAAGCAGAGAGGACUGUACUGGAGGAAGAGUUUAAUUGGCUGCUCAAAGAAGAGGUGCAUUCAGUGCUGAAACAGCUGCAGGACAUUUUGAAGGAGGCAUCUAGGCGGUUUUCGAUGCCAUCACCAUGUCUGGAAGGACAACUGAAACAAGAGAACUUCAUUCUGGGCAGUUCUACGAUGGACCAAGUUAAAGGAGUCUUGACGCUACAAGGAGAAGCUCUAACUCAGGCUGAUGUUAAUAUCAAAGUUGCAAAGAGCAGUCAAGUCAUGCACUUUGCAUUCCGAGAUGAUAAACAGUGGAAAUUGCAGCAGAUCCAAGAUGCUCGAAACCACGUGAACCAGGCUCUGCAGUUACUAAGCAGCCGCGAUGAGAGUUAUUACUUCAGGACUGGGGCUGAAGUUAAUAAGCUUAUGGAUGCGGUGAUGCUACAACUGACCCGAGCCCGUAAUAGACUCACCACCCCAGCCAGCAUGACUCUUCCUGAGCUUGCCUCCAGCGGCUUAAUGAGAAUGUUCACACCUCCAAUGCCUGGGGACGUGAUGGUCAACUUCUACAUAAAUCUUAGCAAACUGUGUCUGACGGUGUACCAGCUACAUGUACUGCAGCCUAACACUACCAAGAACUUCAAACCAGCAGGAAGUUCAGUGCUGCAUAAUCCAGGAGCGAUGUUUGAAUACAACAACACUAAGUUUGAGGUCAGUCAUGUGCAUAAGGUGGAGUGUGUGGUGCCGUGGCUGAAUGACACUUUGGUGUUCUUCACCAUUUCCCUGCAACUCUGUCAGCAGCUUAAAGAUAAGAUUUCCGUGUUCUCUAGUUUCUGGAACUACAGACCCUUUUAAGUUGUAUGUAUCUGACCAAAACAUGAAAUAUAAUAUAUUAUUAUGCUCUAGGAUGCAUUAGGAACAAAAAUGUGAACGGGUUCAACGAAGUGAUGUCUUGUGACCUUUACUAUAUGACUAAAUAUAUAUAUGUGUGUUUCGUUUAUUACGUGAAGCACACAAAGUUUAUUGUACUGUAUGCGUAAUGCAACAAGUGUAGUGGGUUGUGCAUGUAGAACAAAUGUUGAAUGCGUUCAUUUGAAACAAGCUUUCAGACGAAGGCAUUCAAAGACAGUUUGUUCCUUUGUGUUCGUACAGUAUUUGUUGUUUAUGUCAGUGUUGAUUUAUUUGUUCAUAAUUUUGCCUAUUUAAGCUUAAAGGAAUAUUCCAUUUUCUAAAAAGAAAAAUCCAGAUAAUUUACUCACCACCAUG